AUGAGUUUCAUUUUUUCCCUUCUGGUGAGUCAUUCAUCUGCUUUUCUUUCAAUUCCAACGUUUCAGGCCACAUUUCUGUUGAUUUUCUCAACUUCUUGUGCUGGAUUCGUUCUGAAUGUGAAGCUGGCCGAACUCUCCGGAAAAGCGCUCUCGGAGUACGUGAAUUCGGCACAAACACUGUUUGUUACGGAGCAUUCGGAAGAGCUUUCGGACGCUGAAAUGAGAUUCAAAGUGAUGGAUGGAAAGUUUGCGGAGCCGAAGGGCGACGAGCCCGUGAUGGACAGAGCGGAGAUACUCCCCGAGCCGCUUCCCGACUACUUCGAUGCCAGAGACAACUGGCCCGAUUGCAAGUCGAUCAAGUUGAUCAGAAACCAAGCCACGUGCGGAGCAUGCUGGGCAUUCGGAGCCGCCGAGAUCAUAUCCGAUCGCGUGUGCAUCCAAUCGAACGGAACGCAGCAGCCGAUCAUCUCCGUCGACGACAUCCUGUCAUGUUGCGGCGAUUCGUGUGGUUACGGAUGCGAAGGUGGCUACAGUAUUGAAGCGCUGAGGUGGUGGAACUCGAAGGGAGCGGUGACGGGCGGCGAUUUCAAGGGAUCCGGCUGCAAGCCGUACCCGUUCGCCCCGUGCACAAAGUCUCCGUGCGAAGAAUCACAGACUCCCGCGUGUCUUAGCACUUGUCAGACCGGCUACUCUGCCAAUUAUACGAGUGACAAACAUUUCGGUAAGGGGCCUGGUGAAGUCUAGUGAGAAAAUAUGCACCCAUUGUCAAACAGCAAAGAGAGAAUUGCAAAAAUGUAUCCAUUUACGUCUGAAAAACGCAGUCAAAGUUUGAAUGAGGUUUUUCUCGCGCGGUCGCGCGGUCGUGCGCACGCAAGGCUGGAAGAGAAAAUGCGCGGUAGGCCAGCGAAUUGUUUGUUUUUUUAAGCACUUUUUGAGUGAUAUUUCCUGCGAGAAAACCCUUAACCAAACUUUGAGUGCGUUUUUCAGACGUAAGUGCAUACAUUUUGCAAUUCUCUUCUUGCUGUUUGACAACUGGGAACAUAAUUGAUUUUUCAGAGAAUAAUUUGUUUUCACGACACUUCACCUUUGAAAAAACGCUCAUUUUUGUUGCAGGAAGUUCCGCCUACGCGAUCGAAAAGACAGUGGCCGCGAUUCAAACGGAAAUCUACCACAACGGUCCGGUGGAGGCUUCGUUCAAAGUGUACGCCGAUUUCUAUCAGUACAAGUCGGGAAUCUAUCAUUAUGUGGCGGGCAAGUACUUGGGCGGACACGCUGUGAAGAUCAUCGGCUGGGGCGUCGAGGACGAAGUCGCGUACUGGAUCAUCGCCAACUCGUGGGGCACCACGUUCGGCGAGACCGGCUUCUUCCGGAUGAAACGAGGCUCGAACGAGUGCGGAAUCGAAUCGAAUGUGGUGGCUGGAGUGGCCAAGUUGAGCACUGUGAGCGGCGAUCUGAGACCGGCAUCCGAGCAUCAUUCAUCUCAUUUUCAGCAUCCGGAAGUGGAAGACGACGACGGUGCGGCCUCCUCGUGCAGUCUGCUCGUCGGGCUCGUGGCCGUGCUCGCCUUGUAUUUGCUCUAG